AACAGUUACUAUAAAAAUUUAUAUAUUGAAAUGCUAUAAGUAAUUUUAGAUAUAUAUAAUUUAUGAAACAUUCGUUUAUCUGUAUACCUAACCAAUGUUAAAAUAAGACUUAUUUCAUUUAUCUUCGGCAUAAGUAGCAUGAAGCAAGUCAUAUCCAAAUGUAGAAUACUUAACCCCUUAUCCUACAAUAUCGUGCGAGAGAUAUGGUACGUCGAUCGGGCCAAAUAUAAAUAACACGUGUGAGAGACAUGUUGAACGUAUCGUAUCCUGCAACAGGAUGUCAAAAACUGUUUGAAAUCUCCGAUGAACAUAAGCUGAGAAUUUUUUAUGAAAAGCGUAUGGGCGCAGAAGUAGAGGCUGAUGCUCUCGGUAACGAAUGGAAGGGAUAUGUCGUUCGUAUCUCCGGCGGCAAUGAUAAACAAGGAUUUCCUAUGAAACAGGGCGUUCUGACUAAUGGGCGCGUACGUUUAUUGCUCUCAAAAGGACAUUCAUGCUACAGACCUAGACGUGAUGGUGAGCGUAAACGUAAAUCUGUCCAUGGAUGCAUAGUCGAUUCCAACCUUUCAGUACUCGCUCUCGUCAUUGUCAAAAAAGGAGAAAAGGAUAUCCCGGAUUUAACUGACAGGGAAGUCCCACGCCGUUUAGGACCCAAGAGAGCGAGCAAAAUUCGCAAACUAUUUAACUUAUCGAAGGAAGAUGAUGUCCGUCGAUUCGUUGUGAAACGACCAAUUCAAAAAGAGGGCAAACCACAGCGGUCGAAAGCCCCUAAAAUUCAACGUCUUAUUACCCCACUUACACUCCAGAGAAAGAGGCAUAGACUGGCUCUAAAGACGAAGCGUUGCUUGGCUCGCAAGCAACAAGCAGCAGAAUAUGCGAAGCUGUUAGCACAACGGCAAAAGGAAGCUAAGAAUAGACAUCAAGAAGAACUAAAGCGAAGACGUAGUGCUUCUAUACGAGAUUCCAAAUCGGGCAGUCAGUCUGCACCCGCCAUUCAAAAGUAAAAGACUGCAAUGAUACCGUCCAAUACAAUAUGAAACUAACAAAUUGUGUACAAAUAUGUUGUAUAUAAACCUAUUAAAUAUUAGCUGUAUAUAAGCCUAAUAAAUAUUUAUAUUUUUUUUGUAA